AGCGGGACCCACCCGCGCGCCCGCCAUCGCCCCUUUAAGAGCGGCGCCCGCGGGCGGCAGGGAGGCGGCGGGCGGGGGCGCGCGCGGCGGGAGGAGGGGGCGCGCGCUUCCCGGAACAGCCCGCGCUGUGGGAAGAGAGGAAGAAAAUAAACCCGCGGCUGAAGCUGGUGCUGCUGCUGCUGCUGCCGCCGCCGCCGCCGCCGCCGCCGCCGCCGCCGUGUGGAGCUCCCCCGCGCGGAUGAUGCCCGCGGUGCCUGCGCAGGGCGCGGGGCGGUGAGGCGCGGGGCGCGGGGUAGCUAUGGCGACGACGAGCGCGGCCAGCCGCGCCGCCUGACAGGUGUGGGCCCCGGCGGCGGCGGCGGCUCGGAGCAUUAUGUACGCCAAAGGGGGCAAGAGCUCGGCCGUGCCCUCCGACAGUCAGGCCCGGGAGAAGUUGGCGCUGUAUGUGUAUGAGUACCUGCUGCACAUUGGUGCCCAGAAGUCAGCACAGACCUUUCUGUCUGAGAUCCGAUGGGAGAAGAACAUCACGCUGGGGGAGCCCCCAGGUUUCCUGCAUUCCUGGUGGUGCGUGUUCUGGGACUUGUACUGUGCAGCACCUGACCGCAGAGAGGCAUGUGAGCACUCAAGUGAGGCCAAGGCCUUCCAGGACUACAGCGCUGCAGCUGCCCCCAGCCCUGUGAUGGGGGGCAUAGCCCCCAACGAUGCAAUGGCAGCAGGCCCCAUGGCACCUGGCUUCUUCCAGGGCCCCCUGGGCUCCCAGCUGCCCCCCCACAAUCCCAACACCCCCAUGAUGGGGCCUCACAUUCAGCCCUUCAUGUCACCGAGGUUCUCAGGGGGCCCCCGGCCCACCCUACGGAUGCCAAGUCAGCCUCCUGUGGGCCUACCUGGCUCUCUCCCUGGUGCCAUGGACCCCUCCCCGCGUGUUCAGGGGCAUCCGAGUAUGGGCCCGAUGCAGAGGGUGACUCCUCCACGGGGCAUGGCCAGCGUUGGGCCCCAGAGCUAUGGAAGUGGCAUGCGGCCCCCACCCAACUCCCUCGCUGGCCCAGGCCUGCCCACAAUGAACAUGGGCCCCGGAGUGCGUGGCCCGUGGGCCAGCCCCAGUGGCAACUCGAUCCCCUAUUCUGCCUCCUCCCCUGGCAGCUACACGGGACCUCCAGGAGGUGGUGGGCCCCCUGGAACACCCAUCAUGCCCAGCCCUGGAGACUCCACCAACUCCAGCGAGAACAUGUACACCAUCAUGAACCCCAUGGGGCCAGGCGCCGGCAGGGCUAACUUCCCGCUGGGCCCGGGCCCGGAGGGCCCUAUGGCAGCCAUGAGCACGCUGGAACCUCACCACGUGAACGGAUCUCUGGGCUCGGGCGACAUGGACGGGCUGCCGAAGAGCUCCCCUGGCGCCGUGGCCGGCCUGAGCACUGCCCCCGGCACCCCGCGGGAUGACGGCGAGAUGGCGGCCACCGGGACUUUCCUGCACCCAUUCCCGAGCGAAAGUGUAAGCGACUGCGUCGACUCCCCCCCUGCAGCGGCGUCGGGCCGGAGGGGCCUGGCGGGCAGGCCCCGGCGGGGCGGCCGGGGGGCCAGAGCAAGACCGUGACCGCGGCGGGCCAGGUGGGGGGGCGGCCGCGGCAUCCUGUCCCUUCCCUAUCCCCUUCCCGUCCUGCCCUGCUCUCACAUGCCUACCCUGCCCCCACCCCGUGACCCACGCCCCAGGGUGGCCUCACCUCCCUAACUUGGAUUCCUGCUCCUUACCCCUCUCCACCUAUGCCCCACCCAGUCCAUUUCUCCCUUCUCCCUGGGGGGCGGGUCCCAGCCUAGGCGGGAGCUGAGCCCCCCUCCCCCUCUGCGCGCCACCCCUCGUCUC